CAGUACAGCGCUCCUUAGCAGUCAAGAGCCGCACCUUGUUCAGCACCAACCAACAGCGCUUUGAACCACCAAGCGUGUGCGUGCGGGGCCACGCCACUCCAAACGCCCAAUGACGUCUUGCGCUGCUGCGGUUGGCACCAAAAAGAGGCCUCACGCUUGGACAGGCAAAGCUCGGCGCUUAAUCUGCGACGUUGGCUGCAUGGGAAACUGGUCUUUAUUUUUUUUUACAUCCUUAAUUUCGCGCUUUCAACAUCAUCGAAAAGUCUUUUGCCAAUUUGCAGCAAACCAACCAACACAAGCCACUACUGCCAGCAAAUAGCCCACCAUGGCGGGCAGAGAUAACGACCCCAAGCUCCUCUUCUCUGUAGACGGCAUCCACGCCUACCAGAUCCAACACGGCUCCGAACAAUGCAUCACCACAGGCAGCCCCCAGAAGCUCUCGCUGCUCAUGGUCCCGACUUCCUCUGGCUUCGCUGACCCAGGCAGUCUCGAGGCCAACGAAGAGCAGGACUUUUACCUACAUCUCCAUAUCCCCGAGAGAUUGGACCUGCCCAUGCCUGCCACAACCAAGAUCUACCAUCAGCCUCCUACCAGCUACUUGAUCCCCCGCUGGGAUCUCGGCCCAGACAGCGGCGCAUUCGUGCGCAUCGAGUUCCCCCCGCUCAACAGCCGCCGUGGCCUCGCCGAGGAAAUCGGCACAUGGGAGACCAUCCUCGCCCAGUGCACAUCGUUCCUCGAGCGAACGCCAGCCCCUGUCGAGAAAGCUAGACCGUCGCCUCCCAAGGUCGCCGCGGCCGGCGGCGCCAGUGCCUCUGCUUCUGCAAAGGCCAGAGAGGCAGCUGGCGAGGCGCUUCCUCCGUAUAACCCCGCAAGCUAUGAUCCCGGCGAGGGCUAUGUCCAGGGAAGCCGCAGCUCUCACGCUGGUGGCCGCAUUGUCCUAGUUGAUGAAGAAGACGGCAGCGUUGUUGGCGAGCUCAGCGAUGCGUACCAGGUUGUUGAAGAUAGCGCUGUCAAGCCCGGCUCUAAGGAUCCUGUCGAAAUCUCUCUGCCAUCGGAAGGCGCCGCCCAAAUCUCCGUCAAGCCCGUGUCCGACUACGACGAAGAAAACAUGCACCCGGCCUACCGCCGCUCUACGCUCGUCAGCUCCGCCACCCGUGCGUCUCGCCUCAUCGUCACCACGUCCGACUAUGUCGGCAAGAUGAUCCAGAGCGGCGCCGAGAGCUUCAAGCAAAACACAAAGCCCAACGAAAAGCCCAUGACCUUUGACCCCAGCACGCACGACCACAUCCGCCGCAUCAAUACCUUUACCAGCUCCGCCGCUGGCCUCUCUGCCUCGACAGUCGGCGCCAUCAGCAAGAUGGCGCAGAACCUUGGCGCUGGUGUCUCGCGUCGCAAGGAUGGCAAGGUCCGUGGUUACGACAAGGACGGAAAUGUCGUCGAGAGCUACAAGCCUGGUGUUAUGAACAAGAGCCUAAUGGCCUUUAACACGGUUGUCGAUGGCAUCGAACAGGCUGGACGCAACUUGAUGGAUAGCACAUCCUCGGGUGUCAGCACCGUCGUCGGCCACCGAUGGGGUGAUGAGGCCGGCCAGGUGUCAAAGAAGAUUGGCGGUGGCUUCAAGAAUGUCGGCUUGGUGUACAUUGAUGUCACUGGUGUGUCGCGCAGGGCUGUCCUCAAGAGUGUCGCAAAGGGCAUGAUUGUAGGUAAAGUCAAAGGUGGCGGCGAGGUUAUUGUUGGAGGUAGCGGUGAUAUUAAGGCUACUAGUGCUACUGGUACUGCUGCUGGUGGAUCGUCGGCAUCUCUUCACUCAGUGGGAGUUGACAGCAAGCCUCAUGAUACAUAUGGUGACGGGGCUAGCAUUGCGGGUAGCACCAAAAAGGGCUCUUCAUGAGGAUGAUGCAAAUGCAUAUAUACUAGUAUGAAAAUUGGGGGCGGAUAUGGACUCGCUAUGAUUACAGAAAGGCGCAUGUUAGAUCACCAUUGAGAUAUAAUGAUUGUAUCCACUGAUUAAUCCGUGUUGUAAUUGUCAUAUCGGCGAUGGUGGGAGCUUUCGGUAGUAGAACUUUUGUAAAUUGUUAGAGAGGCGUCCAAGUAUUUCUAUUCUAAUUUUACACUGUCUAUAUAAUUUCCAGUAGGGAGCGAUUCGUUUCAGGUCGUUGCAAGUCUACAACCAGGUUACUGUAAUCUCGCCAUGUUGGCAACCAUGUCAGCUGCCACGUCUCUGCCCGGCUUUGCGCGGAUCUGAUCACGAAUCUCUCUAGACUUGGUACGAAUUGCCAGAGUUUCGGGGCUGUUGUCACUCAGCUUGAGAAUCGCGUCGCUCAGACAUUCAGCAUUGAAGUCGGGACUUUGCUCGCGGCAGCCCCAUAUUCCAAGACCAGUUUGCUCCGUAAGCUGCGCAAAAUUGUACAGGUCGACCCAAGACGGCAGGAUAAUGAGAGGCACGCCGGAUUCAAUGCCUUCGUGGUAGCCGCCAGCUCCGCCAUGGCUCACAAAGAGUGAAAUAUAGCCAGUUUCUAGCAGAGCUUGGGGGUCAACCUUCAACCAAGUUGAAACUCUGACGCGGCCAGUGUCGAGCAAAGGCUGUACCGCCGCUUCCCAGUCAAAGUUGGCUGCGGUUGCUGUUUUUGGCUCAAUUCUGUACUUCCAGAGAACCUGAACAUCUGCCUCUUUUAUAACGCGGUCGAUACCCUUGAUGAACUCAUUAGUCAUGUUCACAGUGUAAGGAUACACUGAGCCGAGAUUGAUGAGAACCGUUGGCUUCUGUGAAAUCCACUGCACUAGUUCAGGGUCAAUAUCGACUGCUUUGGCAGACGAAAUGCUAAUCGGACCGGUACAGGUGACGUUUGCAGGGAUAAAGUCGAUUGGGGUAGAGGCAUUCGGGGUCGUUUGCGUAAUCCAGGGGACGUCAUCUCGAUAAGUUCCGGCCAUGUCGAGGGCAUUGGGCACUCCAUUGGCCUCGAGCCAGGCCUUUUUCUCCCUAAUUCCAGGUUGCAUGACCAUGCCAUAGAUUAAUCUAAACAUGAGAUACAUAUUUUCGGGAAUCUUGUGCCAGGGAACGGGGAAUGCGAAUCCAGAACCAAGA